GGUUUUGCUUAGUAGUCUCCCUCCCUCCUCCCACUCAUCCAUCGUCUUCAGCCGCUUAGAAUCACCAAUGGUGUUCGUUAAGGCCCAGAAGUCGAAGGCUUACUUCAAGAGGUACCAAGUGAAGUACAAGAGAAGGCGAGAUGGUAAGACUGAUUACCGGGCGAGGAUCCGUCUGAUCAACCAAGAUAAGAACAAGUACAACACUCCGAAGUAUCGGUUUGUUGUUAGAUUCACCAACAAAGACAUUGUUGCACAAAUUGUAUCUGCAACCAUAGCUGGUGAUGUUGUUCUUGCUGCUGCUUAUGCACAUGAGCUGCCUCGUUAUGGUCUCGAAGUUGGUCUUACCAAUUACGCUGCAGCUUACUGCACUGGCCUUCUCUUGGCUCGACGUGUGCUCAAGAUGUUGGAAAUGGACUCUGAGUAUGAGGGCAAUGUCGAGGCAACUGGUGAGGAUUUCUCGGUGGAACCAACCGAUACCAGGAGACCAUUCCGUGCUCUUCUUGAUGUCGGACUUAUAAGAACCACAACGGGUAACCGUGUCUUUGGAGCACUCAAGGGUGCAUUGGAUGGAGGACUUGACAUUCCACACAGUGAAAAACGAUUUGCGGGUUUCAACAAAGAAAACAAACAACUUGAUCCCGAAACCCACCGGAACUACAUCUUCGGCGGCCAUGUUGCAAACUACAUGAAGGUGUUGACGGAAGAUGAACCGGAGAAGUACCAAACUCACUUCAGCGGGUACGUGAAGAAAGGGAUCGAAGCCGAUAACUUGGAGGCGAUGUACAAAAAGGUACAUGCGGCUAUACGUGCAGACCCGACACUGAAGAAAUCUGAGAAGUCUGCUCCUACAGAACACAAGAGGUACAAUUUGAAGAAACUGACGUACGAGGAGAGGAAAGAGAGGUUGAUCGAGAGAUUGAAGGCAUUGAACUCUGGAGCUGGAGCUGGUCAUGAUGAUGAUGAUGAUGAUGAUGAUGAGUAAAUCCAUCAAUGGUCACAUCUUGAUUUCAGGUUGUAGCUUUUCGUUUCUUCGUCUGAAGAACUAAUGAGUUUUUCCAUUUCAGACAGAAAAUGACCUUUUUUUUUUGUGCUUCACAUUUUUGCGUACGAGGAUUAUAUGUUGUUCGGAUGCUCUCUCUUUUUCUUUAUUAUCUUAAUAUCAUUA